GUUCCACUCAGCGUUGGAAUCCUCACGGCAGCUGCGCCUCCUGGGUGACCCACUCCUCAUGUCUGUCCAGAGAUGCACGCCCAAAGAAGGAUGAGAGAGGAACCUCCAAUCGUUCAGCAAAUCCCAAACUCUGUACCACACGAGACCUUGCCCACAAGAGGCAUGUCAUUGCGCAAGGCCUUGUCCAAUCAGAACCUGGCCCAGAUCGAGACCCCAUGGGAGGGUGUGACGCUUAACCGCUGUCUUCUCGUGGCCAUCACCAUACUCAUCCUCACUUCUGGUUGCCAAAGAUUGCACGACUUUGUACGAGGACGUAGGGAUGGAGCUGGCAUAGAACCUACAAGUACUGCACUCUGUACCAGACAGGCUGAGUUGAGGAGGGGUCGGCUAGCAUCAACUCAGCCCGAAACCUCUCUGUGGGAAACAUUUUUCUGGUGGGUGGCCGAUGACGAUCACGAUGACGAUAAAGAGAGAAGGCGAGGCAAGUUAAGGAAGGUGAUUCGAGAGAGAGCUUCCGGAUGCCUCCGAGACAAGCCCAGAACAGUGAUGAAGCAGAGAAAGGACAGUUUUAAAGCACACAGAGGGAAGAUGAGAAUGCACAAAGAGGAGAGUCCUGAGAGAGUGAAGGAUCGAAGAGAGAAAGACAAGAGACCAAAACAGAAACAUGUGGAGGAAGAGCAAGACGAAAUACAAAAGAAGACUACAAAGGAAAGCAAGACAGAUGCUACUAAGAACCAUUGAAUUAGUACAAGUGAAAAUGUUGCUGCAUGUUAGCUGAUAGAUGGCAGUAAAGAAAGUGUUGUGUAUCAUACAAACCAUAGUAAUUAGUAGGAACAUCAGAAGCCCCUCAGAUACUGCAGCAGGUGUUUCUGAAGUAACUAUGAUUAACACCUUGAGCUAGUCUACAAAAAGGGAUCUUGUUAAUGGUAAUUGUCCACUAGGAGAUAGUUAUUGGAUGGUGUGGUUCUAAAAAAAUGUGAAAAAUGAUGUAUGACAAUCAAAGCAGUUUGUACUUGCCAUAAUAAAUUAAAUCUGUUCAUUGA